UUAAAUAAUGCCAUGAACAUGCACACAACUCUGUUUCAAAGAUUGAGAAGGUAAGCAUUGCAACGUUUGGAUUGGAUUGCCUGUGUUUUGUAACAUGUUUGAUUAGUGUGCAGUUUAUGAGAUUUCAGCAACUGGUCAAAUUCCUAAGCAGAUUCUUAGGUAAUAGAUUUCAACAAAAUUUCGGGAUGGAGACCAAAAACUUAGUGAAGGAGGGGAAAGCCGAAGUACUGUACCCCCCAUAUGUAUUCUAUAAUCCUGUUCAGGAGUUCAACAGAGACUUAACUAUUGCUGUUAUCUCUCAGUUCGCAAAAGAAAAACUUAUCCCACAAACCAAAUCAGCGAUCAAAAAAGAGGGAGAUAAAUCUCCAGAAGCGGAGGACCAAAUAAAGAGUUCAGAAGAUGAAGAAGUAUUGAUAGCUGGAAAGUGUUAUGACAAAGGACUCCGAAUAUUUGAAGGACUUGCAGCAUCUGGAUUGCGUUCAGUCCGAUUUGGAUUAGAAAUCCCAGGUGUCAAAGAAAUUGUUGCAAAUGACUUUGAUAAAUCAGCAGUUGAAAUCAUUAAGAAAAACAUAGAACUGAACAAAAUGGAACAUUUGAUAAAAGCCAGCUAUGGAGAUGCAGCCAUGGUCAUGUAUCAAAAUAGGGAAAAGGAAAAUAGGUUUGAUGUAAUUGACCUUGAUCCCUAUGGCAGUCCUCAUCUAUUCUUAGAUGCUGCUGUUCAAGCAGUCAGUGAUGGGGGACUUCUCUGUAUCACCUGCACUGAUGCUGCAGUCCUGUGUGGGAAUACCCCUGAGACCUGUCACUCUAAGUACGGCAGUGUCUCCCUGAGAACUAAGUACUGUCAUGAAAUGGCCCUGAGGAUUAUAUUGAGGAGCGUGGAGUCUCACGCCAACAGGUACUCUCGGUAUACUGAGCCCCUGCUGUCGGUUAGUGUGGACUUUUAUUUCAGGGUGUUUGUCAGGGUGUACAGUGGUCAGGGAAAGGUCAAGAGGUCAUUAAGUAAGCUCUCCACUGUGUAUCAUUGUGUAGGAUGUGGCAGCUUCAAGUUACAGAGAAUGGGCCUCAUGAUCCCUACAAAAGGAGUGGGCAAUUACAAGUACACUGCAGGAAAUGGCCCAGUUGUAAAGGAAUCUUGUGAUAAUUGUGGCUUCAGAUACAUUGUUGGAGGCCCAGUGUGGGCUGAAGAAAUGCAUUGCCCAGACUUUGUACAGAGGGUAAUAGACAGUGUUGAUGAAGAAAAGGAGCAAUUUAACACAGCAAAGAGAAUUGUGGGAAUGUUAAGCAUGAUAAAAGAAGAACUACAUGACAUUCCAUUUUAUUACACAAUGGAUGGGCUAUGUGGUGUAUUGCAUUGUGAAAUGUUGAGCUUUCCAGCCUUGAGAUCUGCAUUUUUGAAUUCUGGCCACAGAGUUUCUCUUUCUCAUUGUGCCAAAGACUCGAUUAAAACAGAUGCCCCUUCUUCAUUUGUCUGGGAUGUUAUGAGAGCAUGGACGAAAGAGAAGCCAGUGAAGGAGCGCCACUUACAGGAUAAUACCCCAUGUAAAGCUAUCCUCAGUAAACCAUGCACGGAAGAAGUGUCAUUUGAGCUGCAUCCUAAUUCCAACCCUGAAUCCCGAGUGAAAGGUUUAACACGGUGGCAGGCCAAUCCGGAGAAGAACUGGGGCCCUAAGCCCAGGGCCAAGAGACAGGCUGAGGGCAAAAAUAAUGGAGGCACUACAGAAAGCAAAAAGACAAAGAAGAAUCUGCAGAUAGAAUCAUCAUCUAAUGGAGAGAAGGAUAGCAGACCAUGCCGACAUUUUAAGAAAGGACAUUGUAAACUAGGGGACUCUUGUAAAUUUGUCCACUGAGAAUAUUCUACUGCUUACCAUUUCUAUACCUUCUUACCCUCUUACCAUUAUAAACAGUUCGUGAUAUUGAAGUGGCAUAUAUUUCCAGGAUCAACAGAUUAUUCUGACUUAAAUGUAUUCAGUCUAUUACAACUGUUAACUCACUGAUUUUCAAUAAAUAAAUAAAAGUUAA